AUGUGUUCGUUAUCGUUUCCGAGUGCAAAAUAUGAUGAGCUAAAUGAUAAAGCUAUAAACAUGGAAGCAGGUAUGAAAAAGCUAAAAGAUGAGAACUCUGUUUUAAAACGCGAUCUUGCUAACACAAAGGGUGAAAAUCAGGAUCAAUUGAAAAUUGCUCAAGACGAAAUUGAGCAGUAUGGAAGACGAGAAUGUGUCGAAAUAAGAGGGAUUCCCUUGGUUCCUGACGAGAAUACCAAUGAAAUUGUUAUAAAAUUGGCAUCUAAACUUGGGAUUGAUAUUACCGAAACUGAUAUAUCUAUUAGUCAUCGCUUGGGGACCCCAGCUGCUGGCAGUACCCGUUCUGGUCGUUCUUUCAGUACAAUACCAGUGCCAGCUAUAUGGACUGGAAUUAGGGACAUAGUUAUAAUCCAAAAACAAAGAGCACUCAGGGAAUACAAAGUAAAAUAG